AUGCGAAAUAAAAGGCGACGUUGGAAAUUAGCUGCACAAGGUUAUCAAAAAAUCACUAAUUAUUUUAGUGUUAAUAAUAGCAAAAGUAAUGAAGUGCUUGAAAUAUCUGAAAUAUUUGAUUUAAAUGCUGAUUCUUCUGAAGAAGAAACUUCUAAAUACACAUUGUCUGAAUUAGAACAAAAAAUAAAAAAUGAAAUACAGGAUCUUCGGCUUCAAUAUACUGCACAAUACCUUCGGCUUGUAAAAUCAGGACUUACUAGAGCACAAGCAAGUAAUACAAUUUCAACUUCGCUCAAUCAUGGACCUUGGACUGCACGUUUAAUAAGAACUUGGGGUAAUCAAUAUACAAAAACUGGUACAAUUCAAGCUUCAAAACGGGGAAAACAUCAAAAAAUCUGGUCACUUUUACUUGAUGAAGAUAUUAAAAAUAAGCUUCUUGAAUAUUUAAGCUUUCAUAAGUUUAAAUUAAGCAUUUCUAACCUUUGUGACUAUGUUCGUAAUGAAAUAUUUCCAAGUGUUGAAAUUGAAACAGGAAAAACUAUUAGAUGGGAAUUUAAACCAUAUCAAAAGGAUAUAUAUGUUGAUGGCCAUGAACGAUCGGAUGUUGUAGAGUAUUGUCAUAGUUUUUUAGAUAGUAUGAUGCAGUAUGAGUUAUUAAUACCAGAUUGGUCUGAUGAUUUAACACAACAAAUCAAUCCAGUUCUUCCUGCUGGAGAAAGGUUACAUAUACUAGUAACGCAUGAUGAAUCAGUAUUUUAUGCAAAUGAUGGUCAAAGGGCAUUUGGGCACCUAUUGGUGAACAACCAUUACGUCCAAAAUCAGCUGAGGCAACAAAAUAAUAGUCUUCCAUUUGAACAACAAAUUUCUACUGAAGCCUGUUGUAUUAUUCACCCUGGUAAUAAUCGUGAUAGUUACUGGACAAUUAGUGAUGUGGCGCAGCAAUUAAAAAACAGGGCAAUUCCAAUAUUUGAAGCAAUGCACUCUGGUUGCGUAGCCAUUUUUGCUUUUGAUAAUAGCAGUAACCAUGCUGCAUUCGCUAAUGAUGCUUUAGUAGUUUCACGAAUGAAUUUCAAAUCUGGUGGUCAACAACCUCAAAUGAGAAAUACUUAUAUGCGGGAUGGUACUUUACAAGAAAUGAAUUAUCCUAACAGCACACCAAAAGGAAUGUAUCAAGUUCUUGAAGAAAGAGGUUUAACCUACCCUAAUUUAAAAAUAAUUUGUUCAGAUUGUAAAAAGCGAGCUCCUCAGGAACAUGAUUGUUGUGCUACACGAAUUUUAAGCCUAGAACCAGAUUUUGCUAACCAAAAAUCACUUCUUGAAGAAAUUGUCGAAGAGGCAGGUCACAAAAUUAUUUUUUAUCCAAAAUUCCACUGUGAAUUGAAUUAUAUUGAGAGUUAUUGGGGUGCAGUAAAAGUUAAUACACAUGCUAACUGUGAUUAUAGCUUUAAAUCUUUAAAAAAUAUUGUUUUAAUGGCUCUUGAUUCAGUUCCUUUAAUUCAAAUUCGAAAAUAUUCAAGGCAUUCACUACGUUAUAUGAGUGCAUAUAGACUAGGAUUAUCUGUAAAACAGGCUGCUUUUGCUGUUAAAAAAUAUAAAUCUUAUAGAAGAAUUCCAAAUAAUAUACUAGAAGACCUGAAUAUUGAAUAA